AUUCCUCCGAAAUGCCCGGAUGUAAAGGGGCGGUCUGCUGUGGAAAGUGUCGUCUGAUUUUCGGUGUCCUUGGAACGAUUUGAUUGUCUUUCAACUUUUCCCCUCAAGUUUUCAUCUGUUUUUUCUCAACAAAUGUUCUGCGUAGAAGAAUAUCUCCUUAUUAUGACGCUGGACGCAGUUAUGGUGAAAUUUGAGGUACAUGAUGGCUAUGUGUUCUUCUCAUUAAGUGUGGUUGAGUGGGCAGCAGUAUAAGCAAAGGGAAGUUCAAGUUCAACACCAUGAAGGAUUCAGAAUCAGACAUCUCCACAAGUGUGGCACAGAUACAAGCCAUUAUAAAGGCUUUAGAAAAGGACAAGGAUGAAAACAAGGCAGCACAACGGGCAGAGAAGUUGUCAGAGCUGUUGGACAAAAUGUUGGUGAUAGACGGUGGCAAUGACAAGUAUACAACUGCUUCAGCCGAGCUGCAGAACUGUGCUGUCAACCUGUGGAAUAUUGCUGUGGCAAAGAGAGCAGGGGGUCACCUGAGCACCGACUUAAAUGCAAGACUGCGACACCUUGCUUGCCAACUUGCCUUCAAAGUCAAUUCAUUGGAAGGAUCUGAGGUGGUCCUGAAGAGAAGGGUGAUGAUGGCCAGUAAAACUGGAAGAGCAUGGUUGGACUGUGGGAACCCAUCCCUGGCAGACAACUCCUUGUCUUUGGCAUCAGAGUGUCUGGAAAAGCUGACAAAGAAUUUGCUGUCGGCAGCGGCAGAAGGGAAACUGUCAGAGGAUGACAAGGAGAAACAGAAAACAGAGAUUGAGAAGGACAUGUUCAAAGUCUUCUGCUACCAAGCAGAAUCAGCUGUGGCUCAAGAACAGCAUGAUGUGGCCAUGAGGCUUGCCCAAAGGUGCAAAGAGAUGCUGGCCAGGUUGCCAAAAGAAACAACAUUCCUUGCAAUGCUUUGUUACAACUUUGGUGUGGAAACAUAUCAGAAACAGAAAUAUGAAGAGGCUGUUGCAUGGCUCAGGGAAAGCUUUGAACUUGGAAAAGGUAAUGGGCAGCCAGCAACAUCAAGCAAGAACCAGGCAAGGACUUUGAGACUUCUUGCUAGUGCCUAUCUGGAAUGGGACAGCAAGCAACACUGGCAGAAAGCACUGAAUGCAGUAGGUCUGGCCAACUCGGAACAUUCCCAUUCUGCUGGUCUGCACCUUAAGGUUCACAUCCUUCUGGUGUCAGACAAUGUUGAGGACAACAGGCUUGUGUCAGCGGUAACAGACUGCCUCCAUCAUCCAGAAGUUACAGUGGAGCUAGCGCUCAACACAAUCAAACUGCUUGUAGAACACAAGAGGACACAGCUGGCACUAGAUGGGGUGAAACAGCUGAGCCAGCAGUUCCAGGCCUCCCCAGGACUGGGGAAGGUUUACCUGCUCCAUCUGAGGAUUCUGCUGGACAACAGAGAGAUGCAGGCAGCACAGGGUCUUAUAGAGGACUGUAUUUCUGGUCACAACACCACACGGCCACUAGAUACAGUUACCAGGAAACGUUUUCACCUCCUCUUAUGGGAACAGGCUGCUCAUGCAUACGAGGCAAAUGAUCACGAAGAGGCACUCAGAUGGUACAACUACUCAAGGAACUUGUUCUCCUCCAGUGAUGGACAGGACAAGAACAUGGCCAAAUUAGAGAGAAACAGGAGUGCAUGCUUCUUACAUCUCAAGCAGUAUAAUAAGGCACUAGAGGCAGCCAGGCUGGCAGAGACUUGUGACCCCAGCAGCCCCCACACCCAAUAUGCACUCUUCAAAAUUGCUCUUUUACAAGGCAACAGUGAUGCUGCCAUUGAGGCCAUUGAGAAAAUGGGCACUGCAGAUGAAAAGGGGGAGGAAGACAGCACUGUUGAAGGGCUUGUCUGCCUGGCAGCACAGCUUGCAUUUGAGGAAAGUAACAGGGACGUGGCAAUAAGAGCAUUAGAGAGACUGGUGCAACAUUCUCACAACACUCAACAAGUUCUCACUGCUAUCAGAUGUUUAACAAGGCUUCGUCUCACCUUCUUAGGGACAUAUGAAGGGCAAAGAAGUGGUAAUGACCUCAUCCUAUCUUACCUUGAAACAGCUCACAGCAAACUCCAAGAACUGAAAGGGACCAAGGAGGAUGGUGUGGUCAAUGAAGCAACAUGGUUCAUGAAAAUAGCGUGGAACCUUGGGUUGAAGUGUGGAGAAGACAGCAACAUGAUGCACCAGUUCUUCAAUAUGUGCUUUAAGUUUUCGUCGCUAUGUCCCGUGGACAUGGCCAACCUGGUAAGGAAGAAGACGUGUGCACUGAUGGCAGCUGCAGCCUGUCUGCAGUCAGCUAGAAAUGCCCCAGAUCCAGAUGAGAAGAAGAAGAUGCUGAAGAAAGUCAUCCUCUAUGUUGAUACAUGCCGAGAGACAUGUAGAGAAAUAAGCAACAACAAGAUAUCAGACACAGACUGUACAGGUGACAGCACACCCAUCCUGCUCUGCCUGUAUGAGUUUGAAGCCAAAGCGAAGCUGGGAGAGCCUGACCUAGCCCAGCUGGUGGACAGGGUGAUGGCCAUGCCUCAGGCAGACGCCAAGACUCUGGAGACCUUGGCAGCACUAGCCCAAGAAGCCCCUGCAGCCCAGCCCACCAUCAGUGUAAAGGCCCUCAAGGAAGCCAUCAAACGACACUUACAGACACCCAACACAGACUUCACUAAAUGCAGUAAAGCAUUCCACAGUUUGAUCCAGCUGGUCCUGAACAAAGGGUCCAAUUCUGACCCCAGCAGCAAAGAGGAAGCCUGGGGAUAUUAUAAAGAAGCCUUGGAUAUCAUAGACAACAAGUCACAGGGCUGUUAUCCUGAGAUGGAGAUUCUGUGGUUGAUGACCAAAGCCUGGAAUUGUGGCAUCCAUUUACUUAGUGCUGGCCACUAUGUAGAUGCUGAACAUUGGUGUGGGAUGAGUAUGAAGUUGCUAAAGCACCUUACAAGCCUUCGGACACACUAUGACACCCAGAUGACUACCGUGUAUGGAGAGGUCUUAGCCAAGAUUGAAGCACAGAAAGUACGUUCCAACAAAGAAGAGUGACCAAAUGUUAUGAGCCAAGAUAAUUCUAUUUUGAUGAAAGUCAAAGCAUCUUGCAGUUAAUAAUUUAUGCAGCGCAAUCCUUUUGAAAUCAUAUCUUCCUGCCUAUACAUAUCAUGGUUCAUUUGAACCAUGGCCAGUUGAGUUUGAUAUUGCUAGAAAAAUGUUUUUCAAUAUUCAGGUUUUUAUUUUGCCGUUUGUAAUUUUUAAUAUCUAUAUUUUUACAAGUUAAUGUGGCAAGGUAAGAUAUAAAACAUUUUGCAUAGAACUCAUGCAAUGGACAGAUUGUUGCAGCCACACUUAAGUUUGUGAAUUGUUGCAUUUUCUAGAUGCAGGAAAUAUUAACAUUUAAAGUUUCUUGAAAAGAAUUCAGUUAUAAACAUUCAUACUUAAUCAUUCACAAUAUGUUGCAAAUGGCCUUAACUAAUGACUUUAAGGUUGUAAUAUAUGUAACAAAUAACAUAAAUUUUAUAAAAUGCUUUUCUCUGCAUUUCAUUAUGCUUAUGUAAGCAGAAUUGAAUAGGAGUAUUUGCUUCUUAAGUAACAAAUAAAAAGUCACUAAUGA